AUGUCCUCAGCAGCUCCUGCCCCCGAGCUCCUCGCUCUCGUCAAUGACUUCCUUGCCAGCAAUGGUUUCGACAAGGCCGCUAAGGCUCUCACAAAGCAAGCCAAGGACCAGAACAUCGCCCUGAUUCACGACGGCAAGACUACUUUGACCGCACUCUUCGACGCUCGCCCCAAGGAAACCGCCGUUGCUACCGCCGAUGAUUCCUCCGAUGCCAGUGAUAGCAGCGACAGUGAAUCUUCUGAUUCUGACUCCGACUCCGACUCUGAAAGUGAAGCUGAGAAGAAGCCCGUGAAGAAGGACGCAAAGAAGACAAAGACCGUAAAGAAGGCCGAAUCUUCUGACUCUUCCUCCGCUUCAUCUUCGUCCGAAAGUGAAGACAGCAGCGACUCCUCGGAUUCGAGCGACAGCGAUUCUUCCGAUUCAGACUCAGACUCUGAUUCCGACUCUUCCUCGUCCUCAUCAUCGUCCUCCGGCUCCGAUUCCGAUAGCUCCAGUGACUCCGACAGCUCUUCCUCGUCCGACAGUGAUUCAUCAGACAGCGACUCAGAGUCCGAGAGCGAAAAGGAGAAGAAGACCAAGAAGACUGCAAAGGCCGUCAAGGUCGAGAAACCUGCAAAGAAGGAGAAGAAGUCCGAGAAGAAGGCCGAGCCCUCAUCCGAUUCUGCUGCUUCAAGCGUUACUCUCGCCGAUGCUCCUGCUCAAGUCGACACCAUCAUGGUUCCCGCAAGCUCGGCUCUUGGUCAAGCUGAGGGUACCGCUGCCCCAACUAACGACGCCGACGAGCACAUGCACCCUAGCCGCAAGCGCAAGCUCGGAGGCGCCUUCGGUGAGGCUGAACAGCAGGUUGCUGUUCCUGCCACAGAAGCAAACAUCAAGCGUGCAAAGAAGGAGAACGUGCCUUUCAGCCGCAUUCCUAAGGACCAGGUUGUCGACCCUCGCCUUCAGAGCAACGCCUUCGUGCCCUACGACUACGCUCAGAAGGCCCAUGAGGCUUUGAUCGUUACCAAGGGCAAGGCCUUCACCAAGGCCAAGAACAAGGGCAAGCGUGGCAGUUACAGAGGUGGAAUAAUUGACCAGACACCUAAGGGUAUCAAGUUCGAUGAUUAA